AUGUCCACAGCCCCAUCAUCUUCCAAGCCCCGCAUUAUUCUUGGUCUUAUGACCUUCGGGCCCGACCCAUCGCGGGGUGGCAGGAUUACGGACCUCGAUGAUCUUGCAAAGGCCCUGGACAUUUUCCAACAAUGGGGAUACAACGAGCUCGAUACUGCCCGGAGCUAUCUUGGAGGCAAGCAAGAGGCAUGGACUCGUGCAGCUGGGUGGAAGGAGAAGGGGAUGACCAUAGCGACCAAGGUGUAUCCCAACCCCGCGGGAAACCAUAAAGCUGAGGUCAUCACGGAAAGAUUUGAGACAAGCUUGAGAGAGCUCGGGACGGACUGUGUAGAUAUCGCAUAUCUCCAUGCUGCCGAUCGAUCGGUCCCAUUUGCUGAAACGUUGGAAGCCAUGGACAAACUCUACAAAGCAGGGAAAUUCCGAAAAUUGGGCCUCAGUAACUUCACUGCCUUUGAAGUCGCUGAAGUCGUCAUGACAUGCAAGUACAAUAAUUGGGUCCGACCGACGGUGUACCAGGGCAUGUACAACGUUCUGCUGCGAUCUAUUGAGCCUGAGCUUAUCCCAGCGUGCAGAAGAUACGGCCUGGACAUUGUGGUCUAUAACCCCAUUGCCGGCGGACUAUUCAAGCGGGAGAUACAAGACAAGGACCAGAUUCCCGCAGAGGGUCGGUUUUCAGAUGUGUGGAAGGGAUGGCAGUCUCGGGGUCGCUACUACAGGGACUCCACGUUCGAGGCGUUGAGGCUGGUGGACAAGGUCCUCGAGGACCAUGGUAUCACGAUGAUUGAGGCUGCACUCAGAUGGCUCAUGCACCAUUCUGCUCUGAAGAUCAAGGAUGGGAAUGACGGGGUCAUCAUAGGAGUGUCCAAGCUACACCAUGUGGCAGACAACCUCGCGUACCUGGAAAAGGGCCCACUUUCGGAGGAGGUUGUCGAAGCUUUGGAUGCAGCAUGGGCCGUGGCAAAAGGGGGAGCGGCGAACUACUGGCACCUCGACUUGAAGUACACGUAUGAUACAGAAGCGGCGCUGUUUGGAGGAGAAGAUGGAAAUUAA